AUGGCUAUAAUCACAGCUCUUCCUUCGUCUUUCCCAUCGUUGGAGGCUCCUGUGUACAUCGCCUUGUACUAUGUACAAGCAGUUGCAGUCAUAAUUGCGGGGUUGGCGCCAACGAUACUAGUGGCAAGGAUUGUCCUCACUAAUCCAGCUGCCCACACAACAGCAUCGUUGAACCCAGUUUCCCAUUUAACGGCCAUUCAAUUUGGGGUGCAUCAGCAUCCUGAUUCGCAAGUUGCCGCUUGGAACGAUGUGGCUUCUGUUAGACCAAAUGGCGGAACUCCAUUCCAACCAGCAGAAGCAGAACAGCGGGUGUUGGAUUCAGAAAGAUUGCCCAAGUCUGGAGAGAUUGUCUGGAAUAAGGAAUUAUAA